CCACUCUACACCCAGACUGCUCCAGCGACCUCGAGCGUGUGCACGCUAAUCCUGGCCCUAGGCUGCGCAUCAAGCAUGGCAGCACGAGGUCGCGGAUGCCAGAGCGAAAAAGGAUGCAAAUCGCCAGCAGCGUCCGGCCAGCGAGCAGGUGUGCCGAAGCUUGCAUGCCGCGCCGCACCGCGCUGGGCCUUUUGCUUUGCAUCCGCCCUGCCCAUCGAGGUUGCUCGCUCGCUCGCAUUGUCAGUUUCCCACCCAAAUCUCAAGCUUGGACGCACCCCCCUCAACCGCAACCCUUCAUCCUUCCAACACCCACCCUCACGCACGACCCAAGACAGCUCUUCAAGGCUCGACGUCCUGAUCUGACUCUCUCUUGCGAUUCUUCACUCCGCACACCACUCUCCUCAACCCUUCUCUGCCUCUCCAAGCCAUUUCUCUCCGUGCUGCUUCCCGCACCCACGUCACCUCGACAGCAAGACAUCAACAACUCGCAUCACCUCGGAAGCC